AUGGCGGAUGUGGAAAAGACAGUCGGGGUGCUAGACAAAUUUGAACUUCAGCGUCUGCAAGAAGACUGGGUGAAGGCUGUUUGGGACAGUGAUUUCACAGAAAUAGACCCUAUUGACAUUGACCUACAGAAUGAAUUCCAAGACAAUGACUUCCAUUGUCAGUCAUUACGUCUACUACAGGAAAGUUUGGUGGACUGGAUCACACACAAGGAAGGAGAUCAGGGAGAAGGAUUCUGGACCGUCCUGGUGGAAAAUGAUAUUCAACAUAAACACCUGAUUGCUCUGUUUGCAUACCUUAUCGAUAUAGGACAGUCGAAAACUGCAGACAUUGUGAAAAAAGAGUCCGCCAUUUUAUCUUGUUCUGGGUACCUUAAGUUACUAACGGUGCCAGGGAGCAGUGCCUUCCAUGUUUUCCACCCAGUCCUGUAUGAAAAGGCCAUAGACACAUUGAAACAAUGGAUGUCUGUCGGUUCCAGUAAAAGAAAAAAAAGUAUUACCACUACAAGGAAACCCAAAGGAAAGAAGAGUCGGGACAACAGACAGACUGAUCCCACAGUUGACAUUAAUGUGGACUUCAGUGAUGAUGAGGAGGAAGAUGGAGAGGAAAUGGCUCCACAGGAAGUGAAUGCUAUUAAGAAGCUCCUAAUGGGGCUAUUAAGGGAUCUUGUAUUUCUACUGGAGACGACACCUUUACGUCAGUCUGAGGCAUCUCUGUAUCACACUGUACAGAUCCUGGCUGAUCUCACACGCCACGAUACAGAAGCUUUCAAUGGAAACUUCAAUGAGAGAUGUCCCAACUCAAGAUUGCCCAUUGCCGGUCUUGCUUACAAGGGUCUCAGUUUCUUGUGCCUUCCACUACAUAAUCAUGUUGUGUCCUCCUUCCAUGCACUUUGUAAGAACCUUAUGCCUAAUCUACUGAUGUUGAUUGGGGAAAAUAAGGCAGUGGCUGCUACCACAAUUCCUAAGCCUGUCCAGAUCGCCGCAGAACAUGCAGCAGAGUUUAUGUGUCAUAUGAUGAAGCAGUGUGGGGAGUGUGUCCACACAAGUGUACGGACCCUUCUACAGCACAUGUGUACCAAGGUCCCAGAUAAGACUGAGUACAGGUCAAGGGUCACACAGUCUGUGAUAAAGAUUCUGAAUGAGCUACCGAAUGAAGCUUAUGGAAAAAUGGUGGAAUGGUUUUAUCGUCUAUCAAAGCAUUCAAAGAUCAAUAAUCGUGCUUUUACUAUUGAGAUAGCUUCACUGUUACUGGUGACCCCAGAAAGAGAUGUGGAUGAAACCUUUGGUGAAGGACUAGCAGACUAUGUGAAACACCGAUCGUUAAUGGGGCUCCUUUUAGCUAGAUGUUCUGACAGUGCUCCUACUGUUCGAGCCCGAGCAAUAACAGCAUUUGCACAGUGUUUUGUGUCAUCUGACAACAAUAUCAGAGGAGCCCUUCGAGAGAUUGUUACCCCGAUGGUCGGGCCCCGUCCUGCACAUGCUCCCCAUAUCAUCCCUACACCAGCAAUGGACAACCGUGCUCAGCAGCUCACAGCUGAUGAAUCUGAUCAGGAAGCAGGGGAGAAAACUCCUGAUAAUACAGUCUCCAAUACUCGAUCCAGACUUAACCCUAAAACGCCUUUUGGUGGAGUUUUGCUGACUCCUUUCAAUCCAAAUUUACCCGAUGAGGAUGGUGUAAUUUCUAUGUUAAGGAGGAGGUCUCGAGACGAGAAGGUGAAUGUGAGAAAGUCAGCACUUUUGGCCGUGGAGAAUAUCAUCCGGUUUGAGGCCCCAGACUACAGGAGACAGAAUCUAGAAUUGUUAGUGGAGAGAUGUCGAGAUCCUGCCUUAUCUGCACGGAAACAGGCGAUGCAGUCCCUUACUUCUCUUCUACUUGAGAUGCCUACAGAGAAAACAUUACAACAGGCUUGGCUAGAGGGCGUAAUGCCGCUAACAAUCGACCGCGAGUCAACACUCCAGGAUAAGUGCAUGGAGACCCUGGAGGACAUGUUACUACACAGUAUUGUUCCUGUUUCCAAGUCAAGGAGCUCCGCUCAUAUUCUUGCCUGGGACCUUCUCAGCAUCAUGGAGCAGUCAGAAAAUGUUGAGCUGAGGCGUUACCUCCAGAAGGCGUGUAUACAGUGGAAUAGACAAGGAAAGAUAAAACCAAGCUUGAUUUCUGCCUUGGAGACACACAUAAACACUGACAACAAUCAGAAUGCUUGGAUGCUGCUCUCGGAAAUAGCCCCAGCUGCCCCAAAACUUGGCCAUAAGUUUGUUCUGGAAUACUGGCAGAAACAACCAGCAGCUUCAGACGAGGCUGACUAUGUGACUCUGCAGAGAGUUCUCACUGUUAUGAGCUGUACAGCUAAGAACAUCCCAACUGUGGACCGUACCACUCUCAUAGGUGAUUUGAAAGCACGUCUGCUGCGGUUUGAUUCUCCCACAGAACUCAUAGCCAUUACCAUUAAAACAUUGUCUAAGCUAUGCAAGGCAGAGUCAGAGGAUGCCAGUGACAAGAAGGGACAAGAUGCAUGGUGUGAAGAACUGCUGAACGUCUGUGACAAGUACCUUUCUCAUGUCAUACUAGAAGACAGCUGCGGCAUAGAAGAUGAGGACUUGGUUGUGCGACACUUGUUUACGUUGGGAGAGGUUGUACAGAUCUGUCCUGCCCGAGUCUCCAAACGCAUCUCGCUCAUCAUAGAAAGCUUUAUUGCAGCACCAUGUUUAUCGUCAAUGCCGACCUCUGACCUCUGUUAAGGUAUGUUUGUAAACUCCCCCUCAGAUCUCUGGCAGAGCAAAGAAUCAGAAAACAGUGGUAGCUCAAAUCCUGACUCUGAUGGUCUCCUGGCUACACAACUUACACAGGCCCCAUCAUCCCAGCAAGAGCUCAACACUCAAGCUUUUACCCAGGGUACACAGAUCUUCACCCAGUUCCGUGGCUCAAAGAUGUCAAACAGGAUCCGUGCCUUCGCCUUCAUUACAUUAGGGAAGAUCUGCCUGCAGAACCCAAACCUUGCUAAGAAGUGUGUGGCAGCUUUGGCUCGUGAACUGGAAACCUCAACAGAUACAGCCAUUCGUAACAAUGUCGUUAUCAUCAUGUGUGACCUGUGUGUAAGAUACACAACAACUGCUGAUCGUUAUAUAUCAAAUAUUGCUUCAUGUCUAAAAGACGAUUCGCCAUUGGUUAGAAAACAAACUCUGACCCUCAUUACUCGCCUCCUUCAGGAAGACUUCAUGAAAUGGAAGGGGAUUUUAUUUUUUCGCUUUAUCACCACUUUGCUGGACGAGUGUGAUAAAAUCACAGAGUUUGCUGAGUUCUGCCUUAUCCAUAUGCUGUUCCAGAGGUACCCAUCCAUGUUCUUCCACCAUUUCAUGGAAUGCAUUUUUCACUUCAAUGCCUACCAGGGCCAUGGAGCUUACAACAAAUUUCAUCAAAGUGAGAGAGACAAAGUAAAGUUUUCACUUUCUGGCAAGGACAACUUCAGGUAUAAGCUGUACCUCUUUAUGUUAGAGCACAUGACUGACCCUCACAGGUUCCAGCUGACGGCAAAGAUUGUACAAGAGAUACUAGGAGGAGUAGUGGACGGGAUAAUUCCGUUGAAUGAAGAGAGUGCCUGUUUGCUUCAAGAUUCACUGGCGAUCCUGGCCAGUAAGGAAAUCAAACUAUCCUCGCUGAAGGUUAAGAAUUCUGAAGAUGUUGUUGCUGAUGAACAAGAAAUGGCUGCUGUUGUUAUGGCGACUGCUAAGAAGACCUUAAUAACCCAGGUGUUGAAGAAGAAUGUUAUUGAGAAUAUUGUUCCUGUAGUUGUAUCCCUCAAACACAUGCUGGAGCAGCAAAGAUCACCGCUUCAGAAGGAUCUACUUUCCUACCUGAUGGAACUCAUGAAGGACUACAAAAAUGAAGUGAAAGAAAUUUUGUCAGCUGACAAGCAGUUGGCCAGUGAAAUUGAGUUUGAUCUUCGGAAAUUUGAGGAACAUCAGGAGGAUCAGGCACAGAAGAAACUAAAUGCUGCUCCUAGUGUACAGGGUACUCCAGUUGCACGACUUGGUUCGCCGUCUAAAGGAGCCACUCCUGCCAGGACUGCACAAGGCUCUACCCCAGUCACACCUCAGCAAGUGGCUGCUUCUCCUCACCCCAAGACCCCAGGCACAGCUAAUCCUUCCACCCCCAGGGUAGGACCCCCUCCUAAGCAGACUACACCAAGGUUGUCACCCACUACAACACCUCCAGGACCUGUCCAGAGGCCUACUACAAACAGAAAAGAAACCUCUCUAUCAACCAUUGCUAUCAUGAAUUCUGCUAGGAAAAUGGCUCAGGUUAUGAACCAACAUAGGAAGAGUCUAUCUGCGUCUCCAGACCAUGGCAGAAAAUCCUUAACCCUCAACACAAAGUCCCCAACUGGCAACAACACUAAAGACCAGGAAGCUGGCCAGUCUGACAGCAGAAUUCGACGAGUUCAAAUCAUAUGUCAUCCACCGGAAGAGGAUGAAGACGAGAGCCCAGAGGUGAUGGGAGAGAGAAACACAAGGCUGACGCCACGCUACCCUAAUCGCACAAACAGAGCUAUUAGUACGCCAUCUGGUGUGCUGAACAACAUUACUUUCCAUAAUAUGGACCAAAACAUGACGAUGGUACCCCCAUCUCCUAUACCAACCUCCUUACCGAUACGAGUAUACAGUGAUGAUGAUACAGUCACUCCUCUAACUCCUACCAAAGGUCGUAACAAAGAAAAAAUACCCGAGGACAUCAUUUUUAUGUUUUCACCGGACAAGCCACUCCCAAAACCAAGAAAGUGGAAUGUACACUCACCGGCUCCAGUGGUUUCACAGAAAAGUAGGUUGUCGCAUGUUGAGGAAGGAAACCAGGAAAACCCUCCUGAAGACAGCAUCAUCAAUCUAACAAAAGAAAAACCUUCGUCUAGAGGGAAUAAAAAGCCGGCUAUACGGAAAAGUGGACGCCAUAAAAAGUCUGUUGCGUCAUAAACUGUUACAGAUAUAUUUUCUAAAUGUGAUAUUAAGAUUGUAAAUCUAUUAGAUUUACAUCUGCAUGUUA